GAGCAGGCGGUGACGUCACGGGGUGAGAGGUCAGAGGGAGUGAGCGCUGGGAGAGGAGUGAUGGCGGCGUUGGUGGGGCAGCCGCUCCGCUCCCCGGUACUGAUGAUGAUGAUGAUGGUGGUUCUGCUCGGGGCCGGGAUGGCGCGGGGGGAGACGCUGUACGGACCGGGGGAUUCGGUCUCCAUCCUGAAUAAGGAGUCGGUGGCGCGGGCCGUGUUUAACUCUUCCUCUGCCUGGCUCCUCGAGUUCUACUCGUCCUGGUGCGGACACUGUAUCAACUACGCGCCCACCUGGAAGAGUCUGGCCCGGGAUGUGAGCGACUGGGAGCCAGCCAUAAAGAUUGGGGUGUUGGACUGCGCCGAGGAGGACAAUUAUGGCACCUGCAAAGACUUUGGCGUCCCCUUAUAUCCCACCUUUCGGUUCUUUACGGCUUUCACCAAGGAGUUCACGCAAGGAGAGAAUUAUAAAGCUGGAGGCGACCGGGACAUACAGACAGUUCGGCAAGCGAUUAUCGAUUUCCUUCAGACAUCCCCAGCGGAGAGCAAGCCGCAGGCCUAUUCCUCGUUGGAGCCCAUUAGUUCCAGCGAGAUUUCUUCUCUUCUUACCCAAAAACAGUCGCACUACACGGCCAUCAUCUUUGAAAGCGAAGAGUCUUAUGAAGGACGUGAGGUGAUCUUAGAUCUGAUCCAGUACAGUAACAUAGUGGUGAGGAGAGCGCUGCCUUCUGAUAAGGCCAUCCUGGAGAAACUGGGUAUCGGCUCCGUCCCUUCGUGUUAUCUGAUCCAACCAAACGGUUCGCAUGGAUUAAUUAACGAUGUGAAAUCCGUCCGGUCCCAGCUUUCCUCGCACUUAAAGGCUUUACGUGGUGUAAGGAAACGGCUGCCGUCCGAAACCGCACAUUCAGGACUGAGCAAAGGUUCACAGCAGGAGGACGCGGCCAUGAAGGAGUUUGAUAGAUCCAAACUUUACAUGGCAGACCUGGAGUCAGGAUUACAUUACAUUCUCCGGGCUGAACUGGCCAAUCACCACACACUGGAGGGUGAGAAACUCAAGACGUUUAAGGACUUUGUUACCAUCCUUUACAAGCUGUUUCCUGGGCGGCCGCGUGUGAUGAAGCUUCUUGAGACGCUGCAGGAGUGGCUGGUUAGCAUGCCAUUGGACAAGAUCCCUUAUGACGCUAUCCUGGAUCUGGUCAAUAACAAAAUGCGGAUCUCUGGGAUAUUCCUUACAAAUCACACCCAGUGGGUUGGGUGCCGAGGUAGUAAGUCCCACCUGAGGGGCUACCCAUGCUCCCUCUGGAAGCUCUUCCACUCUCUGACUGUUCAAGCUGCUGUCAAACCGGAUGCCUUGGCAAACACUGCAUUUGAAGCUGACCCCCAGGCCGUCCUGCAGACCAUGAGGCAUUACAUAAGGGAGUUUUUCGGCUGUCGAGAAUGUGCCAAGCAUUUCGAGGCAAUGACCAAGGAAACCGUGGACAGUGUUAAAACGCUAGACCAGGCAGUCCUUUGGCUGUGGAGGAAGCACAACGUGGUCAACAACAGACUUUCCGGUGCCCCUAGCGAAGACCCCAAGUUUCCAAAGGUCCAGUGGCCGACCUCUGACCUUUGCCCCGCGUGCCACGGCCAGAUGGGUGGGAUGCACAGCUGGAAUGAAGACGAGGUGCUUGCUUUCCUAAAGCGCUACUAUGGCAACCAGGAGAUUUCCUUGGAAUUUGCCGACCCCAGAAAGGACCUGAGUGAAGCAGCCGACGGCAAUAAAGAGCCACAUUUCAACAAGAAACCUCAAGAAGACGUCAAUAAACGAAACCCCCAAUUUUUGGAUAAACUUGUUCCGAAAAAGCCGGAGAAAAGUCUAAAUUCCAAAAACCAUCAGUCUGUCAGUUUCCUAGGGAUCGGCUUCUCCAAUAUAGACAUGAGCCUGUGCGUCAUCUUAUAUCUCACCUCUUCCUUGUUUUUAAUGGUCAUGUACUUCUUCUUCCGCUUCCGGUCUAAGCGGUGGAAAGUCCGAUACAACCGACCUUUUGUGUAAAUACAUCGUAUUUUUAAUGAGAAAGCAUGAAGGUUUUUCAGACUGCCGAGUUCUACUUCAUGUGGCUUUAUUAUUUGUGAAGAUCAGGGAUUUUUUGAAGACAUUUUAGAUUUUAAGCUAUUGCCUUCGGUGUUCACUGUUCACAUUGUGUUGUUUGUUGUUGUCUAAAAGCUUUUGGUGGUGCCAUACUUGAA